AAAAAAAGUGCAUAUCACCACCACCUUCGAGAAGACAAAGCGUUUUCAUUCGCGCUUUUAACGGCCGCCAGUACUGCCAGUACUUCGCGCGCGCGGUACUAUUUGAAUUAUGUGACUUGUGUAUUUUUGUUUGAUACCAGAAAAAUGCCAAUUCUGACAUUAGGAAAUCAUGUUAUGGUCGCAUUAUUUUUGUUGUUUUGCCUUUUGUUGGAAAUUCGAGGUAAGCCCUCGCUAGGAGGAUUGACUUUCCGGGGACCUUUCAACGCUGAUGCUGCCGAUAACGGAAUGGGAGUCCUGAAGCAGUACAGCGGUAGAAAAAUCGAAAACUCCACCAGGAUGGUUUAUUUUCACGAUCAAACUGUAGCUAUUGUAGAACUAGGACCAAGGAAACUGCUCUUAAAUUGUGAGAUUAUUGAAGUUUUUACACCUGAAGAUUACGUCAAAGUCCUCGGCAAUGAUUUCGGUAAAGUUGCCCGUCCAGUAGGCAUCACGUUUUACGAAAUGAUCACUCUGAUGGACCAGUGCAAAGAACUGGACGAAAUCAUGGACGGGUUGAACAAAAAGGGCCAGAAUUCUACUGGGCCUGAGAGCAAUGCGAGAGGGAUUCUAUCAAAUGAUCCGUUUACGUUGUUGAAAGGAAUUGUACCUGGAACCAAAUGGUGUGGUACUGGAGACAUAGCCAAAAACUACCACGACCUCGGCUCAGAACCCACCGUGGACAUUUGCUGUAGGACCCAUGAUCUGUGCCCGGUCAAAGUCAGAUCGCGCUCAAAAAAGUACCAACUGAGAAACAACUCGAUUUACACGAAAUCGCAUUGCAUAUGCGACGAGCAACUCUACAAUUGCCUCAAGGCUCAGCAAAGCAUUCCAAUUGCUAACAUUUUGGGAAAUAUUUAUUUCAAUUUGGCAGCUGUAGAGUGUGUAGAUGACGAGAAGGAAAAAAGGUUGUUCCGGAGACCGCGACGUUGGUUUUAGAUUAGAAUAAAGUAUGUUUUUGUUUAAGGUCUAAGAUGUUAAUUUAUUAUUUGCCAAAUUUUUCAAACUGUGAUUGUUGAAUAAAAGUACAUUAUUGUCCCCUAAUAAUAU